GUGACCGUCUUCUUAUCAAGGGAGGCAGAAUCGUCAACGAUGAUCAGUCCUUUUAUGCUGAUAUUUACAUGGAAGAUGGCCUAAUCAAGCAAAUUGGAGACAAUCUGAUUGUCCCUGGAGGAGUGAAGACCAUUGAGGCCAAUGGGAAGAUGGUGAUCCCCGGAGGCAUCGAUGUCCACACUCACUUCCAGAUGCCCUACAAGGGGAUGACCACCGUGGAUGACUUCUUCCAAGGGACCAAGGCUGCCUUAGCUGGCGGCACCACCAUGAUCAUCGACCACGUGGUGCCCGAACCCGAGUCCAGCCUGACGGAGGCCUAUGAGAAGUGGCGGGAGUGGGCCGAUGGGAAGAGCUGCUGUGACUAUGCCUUGCACGUGGACAUCACCCACUGGAACGACAGUGUGAAGCAGGAGGUGCAGAGCCUCAUCAAAGACAAAGGGGUUAACUCCUUCAUGGUUUACAUGGCCUACAAGGAUUUGUACCAGGUGUCCAACACAGAGCUCUACGAGAUCUUCACCUGCCUGGGAGAGCUGGGAGCCAUUGCUCAGGUCCACGCUGAGAAUGGGGACAUCAUUGCCCAGGAGCAAGCCCGGAUGUUGGAAAUGGGGAUAACUGGCCCAGAAGGCCAUGUGCUGAGCAGACCAGAGGAGCUGGAAGCUGAGGCUGUGUUCCGUGCCAUCACUAUCGCCAGCCAAACCAACUGCCCUCUCUAUGUCACGAAGGUCAUGAGCAAGAGUGCGGCCGACCUCAUCUCCCAAGCCAGGAAAAAAGGAAACGUGGUGUUUGGAGAGCCCAUCACUGCCAGCCUUGGCACAGAUGGAACCCAUUACUGGAGCAAGAACUGGGCCAAGGCAGCUGCAUUUGUGACAUCCCCACCUCUGAGUCCUGACCCGACCACUCCUGACUACAUCAACUCCUUGCUGGCCAGUGGGGACCUGCAGCUCUCAGGCAGUGCCCACUGCACCUUCAGCACCGCCCAGAAAGCGAUUGGGAAGGACAACUUCACGGCCAUUCCUGAAGGCACCAAUGGGGUGGAGGAGCGGAUGUCUGUCAUCUGGGACAAGGCGGUGGCCACAGGGAAAAUGGAUGAAAACCAGUUUGUGGCUGUGACGAGCACAAAUGCUGCAAAGAUCUUCAACCUGUACCCCCGCAAGGGAAGAAUAUCUGUGGGUUCCGACAGCGACCUGGUGAUCUGGGAUCCAGAUGCUGUAAAGAUCGUCUCUGCCAAGAACCACCAGUCGGCUGCGGAGUAUAACAUCUUUGAAGGCAUGGAGCUGCGCGGGGCUCCCCUGGUGGUCAUCUGCCAGGGCAAGAUCAUGCUGGAGGAUGGCAGCCUGCACGUGACCCAGGGAGCCGGCCGCUUCACCCCCUGCAGCCCCUUCUCCGACUAUGUGUACAAGCGCAUUAAAGCCCGGAGGAAGAUGGCAGACCUGCAUGCUGUCCCGAGGGGCAUGUAUGACGGCCCGGUGUUUGACCUGACCACCACGCCCAAGGGGGGCACCCCCGCAGGCUCCACCCGGGGCUCCCCCACUCGGCCGACCCCACCCGUGAGGAACCUCCAUCAGUCGGGAUUUAGCCUGUCAGGCACCCAAGUGGAUGAAGGGGUCCGCUCAGCCAGCAAGCGCAUCGUGGCGCCCCCUGGAGGCCGUUCUAACAUCACAUCCCUGAGUUAAGCCACCCCUCCCCAGAGAGAGGGGCAGAAGCAAGAAGAGAUUGAUUUGAAGCCAACAUGGUACACCGAUAUUUAAGGAGGAGAGCGAAUCCAAACAGUUACGACCUAAAGAAUCAAUAAGCCUCAAGCCUUAUGUUUCUCCAAUGUUACGCUCGCUUGCCUAGCUUUACAAAUAUUGCUUUGUUUAUGCCUAGCCUUGAUUUGGUUGACCCCCCUCCCCCAUUUACAUGCAUGCAAUCAGACAGGCCACUAAGGUAAGGAGUCUGCUAUCUAGUGUUGAGAGCGUGUGUAGUGCUGCAUCUUAAGACAAGGGGACAGACAAAGCUGGAUGUCAGGAGACUGAACAGAAGGGACACAGUUAUUUGGGGUGAGUGGGUGGUGGGAGCCUGAGCAAGGCUGGAGCUCAGAGGGCUGGGGUGGGGUGAGCACGGGGAGGGGGGUGGGUGGGUGAAUAUAAGGGGUCUUGUGUAUUGUGUUAAUGAAGUACAUUUAUUUCCUUGGAAGAUGGCCCCUGGGGGUCCGGGGGCAGCAGAGAAGGCAGGCGGGGUCUUCAGGUUCCGGACUUUGUCACGUCCUCUCUUAGUAGAUUUCAUGUCUUUGAGCAUUUUAUUAAAACACCAAAACCCAGCCAUGGCUUCCUCUUGGUCGUGCCAGUGCUUGGCCAGGCCUCUUUCUCAGAGCUGCUUUCAAAUGCUUCUCUUUUCCUGGCUGGGAAGGAGGAGAGGAGGGAGGAGGGUCACUUCUCUGGUCUUGGUGCUAUUAAGAGGCAACACCUGGGAGUGCGCACAGGCCCUCGGGGUGGGGCGGCCUCGCUUACAUAGCACCUCCCUGUAAACAGGAGGUGGAGGUCACCUUCUCCUGGUCUUUUCAAACUGAGGAGGGCAGCCUGCCCCUGGCAUCUUGUGUGAAGAGCUGCUCCUGCCAGUGGUGAGUGUUUGAUCCUCUUGGUCUCCCGAGAUCCCGGCACAGCCAUGAGCGAAUCGGAUUUGUGCUGUUGCUGAAGGCUGAUUUUCUUAGGGGUUCCUUAGCUUCCAUCUGAGCUUGUGUGGGAGUCAGGCAGGGCUUUGGGAAAGCCAGCCUGGAGCAGCAAGAGCAUGUCCUGUGACCGUGGUUCUGGUGCUCAGUCCUAGGCCAUCUGUCUCCCCGGCCAUCAGCACAGCCUUGGGGGGAGCUUUUGUUUGGUACCACGUCUCCCCAGGUGGGUGGCGGUGACAAGUGGCCCACAAGUACAGGAAGCUAGCAGGGAGCGCCGGCACCUUCCUUGUCUGCCGGAGCUGAACGUCCUUCCCCAUCCAAACUCAACUUCAGAACAAGUUCUCUGAACUGGACGAGAUUGUAGAACUAAGGGGCCCCUGUGCAGGAACAAAUGUAUUUCACCUGCGAUCUGACUUCUGUGCUGGAAUCCAGCUGGUAGAACUCGUAACCCUGUGUACUAGGUAUUCUGAAGAGAGGCCGCAAACACCUCCCAGGUGUUUGGGAGGAACCUAACUGCAGGUUAGGCCAGAGGGAGAGCAUACGUGGCUGGGGAGGCAGGUGAAAAUAGCCAAGGAAGAGGAUUCCCCCUAAGCUAAUUUCUCGUCCAAUUAUGAAAAAGAGGACUUCCUCUUAAAAGAAGAGGAACCUUGCUACCUUUAAGGCUUUUUCAUGGUGCCUUUAUUUUAAGGAAACGUAAGUGAAGGGGAGGGUGCUGCUCGUGGUUUAUAACUCAAAGAUCUGGGAGCCUGUUUCAAACUGGGAGCGGUAGUUUUGCAGACCGGCAGCCCUCUUGUUAUAUCAGAAGCGUAUUCUAUAUACCUCAUUGGCUGGGCUGGGAUUUAGGAUAUGUUGCAGUACCAGCCACAACCACCAGAUGGAGGAAAAGACACGUUAAUAACUAGUGGGAACAUCCACUUCUGUACCAUCGGCUGCUAUUACCAGCCCCCGAGUCCAGCUCAUCCUUGCUGACCUCUCUAUGCCAUGAAAACCAAUAUUUCAUGGCCCAGUUGGCUGCACUUGGGACUUCUGAAUGAAACAUUCAACCAGGACUUACGUUCUCCACGAGCUUCCCCUGCUGGGGGAGCAGCCCCUUCAUGCCUCGAUGCCGGGCAACACGAUCUGAGAAAAGCCCCCCUUUCUUCAUGCCUGUUAGUAACUUCCCAAGCACAGAAAUUCCUGGGAAUUCCAAGAACACUCCCACUGUCGACUUUGAUUUCUGGUUCCUUGUUACUUAAGUUAAAUUCUAUAUUCCAAUCUGUCCUGUUCCAUAAGACACAUCAAAGAGCCCCAUACACACGGGUUUAGGAAGAGAUCACCACAGUGAGUCAGGCCCUGUCAGAAUUCACUGGCACCUCCAACUGUGGGAGGGCUUGCUGGGUCUUCUGUCUUCCUCCCAGGCUUUCUUUUGCUGUCUCCUGUCUUGGCCUGGGCCCUCUCUAAGGAUACCCCGCCUGCUCCCCUCCCCCCAACCUCCCCACGUUGUCCCUAAACCCAGAUGGCAAUCAGCUAGGGUUCUGUGUGGAAGAGCCACGAUCUUGGGUGCUUGAAAGGUAUUUGAGGAACUGUUAAUUCCGUCACCCCAGCAGAGAUACUUCUAAGUUUUCUGAAAUUGGCAGGGCUGUAGCCAUCUCGAAAAUGGGUUUUCUUCCAAGUCCCCUCAUCCUUUGGCCUUUGUCUUUGUACCGACACCCAGAGAGUCACCGUCUGCUCUGAAGGCCUCCAUCCUAAGCCUGGACUUUUCACUCACCCUGAGUAGCCCUUCCCAACAGGGUGACGCAUUACACAAGCACCCCAGGCCUUCUCUCCCGGAAAAGUCCAGCUGGAGCCCCAGACAUACACCGGCUGUCCCGGCAGCCAGCAUCCGUGGUCGGUCCCCUCUUUGGAAAGUCGUGUGCGGGUGUUCAGUUCUGUGUCUGGUGACCGUGGACGGACAGUGACCUCCCUGUGACCUGUGGUAGCUGUGAGGCGGCUCUGGAAUGUGAAGAGCUGUUUGGUUUGAACCGUGAAGAAAACUGUGUUUUGAGUUUAGCUGAGAUUAAGAAGAAAAAAAAAAAAGUUCAUCAAGUGACUGUUCAUGUAAACCUGGUUAUUAAAAUAACUAUAAAAUCA